AUGAGUUCUUUAUCAUUACCAAUAGGGGCUAUUGAAAUCCGCCUGAUGCCUAAAAUCGACCUUGACCCAAAAUUAUUGAACUAUUGGGAGAACUUCCCCUGUCCACCACCAUGGAAUAAUGGGUUAUUAUAUAAAGUGAAUUGGACGAACUGUCAUGUGUCACAGGAAGUAGGGGUUCAACUGCGGGAUUUGAUGGUUGAAAAAUGCGCCACCUAUUCUAACGUGCAAGUGGUUGCUAGGGAAGUUGGUCGUGGAUAUCUAUUCCAAUCUUGUUCCAUGGAAUGUAAACUUAUUAUCAGUGCUGUUUGUUUCCUACUUGGAUUACUACUAGUCGCUGGAAUAUCUCUAUGUAUAAGACGGAAAAGAAGACAAAAAACAGAUUUCAGUCCGACACAUGAAACGGCCUUGAACUCUAGUAGUGACCGGAAGUACUAUACGAGUUGUAUGAGAGGGAACAGUCCAGUUAUCAAAAAGAAGGGCAAGAAAGAUAGUGGAAUGGACAUAAUGUUACUAGAAAGAGAGAACUUUCAAAAUCUUUACACGGAGCCAGAGACAAUGACUGCGGAACAACAAUUAGUGGACCAAGAAUAUCACGAUACACUGAAUCAACAACUCAUCAAAUUGGCUCAAAUGGCGGAAAACAGAUUCAGUGACUCUCUUAAAAAACAGAAAAGUGAAGCGAAUCGAACUAGUAGUGGUGACGUUGUUCACAGAGUGACGUCACGAGAUAAAAUACAUACGUCAAUUUCUUCUGAGCUUAUCAAAAAAAUCAAAAGAUUAUCACGUGAUAGUAGUAUGUUUAGAAAUGAACCAAUGAUAACCGAGAAUAGAUUAUCAUGUGAUAGCAGUUUAUUUUUAAGGGAACCGAUCAGAGAUUCUGAGGACUGUAUUCCAAGUACGUCACGGAAAAUAGUGGAACUCAGUCUAAACUUUGCAUCGACUAGGAAAUGA